UCAAAGACCGAGUGCUGCGCAUUAAUAGAGAUGGAGGGAAAGCACUGCAGCUGCUUCCUGCAUGGAACGCUUGAAGCUACCAUCUUCCAUGCCACACCUUAUGCACCACCACCUUUUCCCUUCAAUUGUAUGUUUGGGACGGGGAAGCCGGCGUACGUGACCAUCAAGAUCGGCGACAAGACAGUAGCGAGAACGAGCCAGGAGAGUGACCGGAUAUGGAACCAAACCUUCCAAAUCCUCUGUGCCCAUUCAUCCGACUCCAUCGUCACCAUCACCUUGAAGACAAACUGCCAUGUCUUGGGAAAAUUUCACAUGCCGGCCCGUCAGAUUCUGAGCGAAGCAAGUCUGAUCAAUGGCUUCUUCCCCCUGACUGCAGAAAAUGGAAACCCUAAUUCGGGGCUCGAAUUGAGAUUUAUGUUGUGGUUUAAACCCGCCAAACUCGAACCUUCCUGGGGAAAAUUACUCAGCAGUGGCGGAUUCGAGGGAUCCAAGAAUGCUGCUUUUCCUCAGCGCUCCAAUUGCGUUGUUCGGCUGUAUCAAGAUGCGCAUCAUCGCCCUGGCUUUCAACCGCCUUUUGAGAUUUGCGGCAGGCCGAGGAAGCUCUGGGAGGAUGUGUUCAAAGCCAUGGAGGAUGCGAAGCAUUUGAUUUACAUUGCGGGGUGGUCUUUCAACCCUAACAUCGUGCUGGUGCGUGACCCUGAGACAGAGAUUCAGCAUGCUCGUGGAGUGAAGCUGGGCGAAUUGUUGAAGCGGAAAGCAGAGGAAGGCGUAGCUGUGAGAAUAAUGCUUUGGGAUGAUCAAACUUCCUUACCAAUCAUCAAGAACAAGGGGCUGAUGAGAACGCAUGAUCAAGAUGCCUUGGCCUACUUCAAAUACACCAGAGUGGUAUGCAGAUUGUGCCCCCGGCUGCAUCAUAAGUUCCCGACAGUCUUUGCUCACCAUCAGAAAACCAUCACUGUGGAUGCCAGGUUAGAGCCCUUCUCUUCUGGCAACCGCGAAAUCAUGAGUUUUCUUGGCGGAUUAGAUCUGUGUGACGGCCGCUAUGACACUGAGGAACAUUCGCCCUUUCGGACCCUUAACACAGAAUCUCACAGCCAUGAUUUUUACCAGACAAGCCUUGCCGGAGCUAGCCUCCAGAGAGGCGGUCCAAGAGAGCCAUGGCAUGAUACUCAUGCUUGUAUUGUUGGUGAAGCUGCCUGGGAUGUCCUGAGAAAUUUUGAGCAAAGGUGGAGGAAGCAAUGUGAUCCAUCAUUACUGGUCCCUGUAAAUACAAUCUCAGAACUCUGUCACCAGCCUACUCCGCCAAGGAUUUCCAGCAAAAAGGACUGGAAAGUUCAAGUGUUUCGGUCAAUUGACCAUGUAUCGGCUACCCAAAUGCCUGAAAACCUUCGUGUAGAGCAGAGCAUUCAUGAAGCUUAUGUAGAAGCAAUAAGGCGUGCUGAGAGGUUUAUAUACAUAGAAAACCAAUACUUCAUAGGAGGUUGUCAUCUGUGGGAGAAAGAUCAACAUUGUGGCUGCAGAAACUUGAUCCCUCUUGAGAUUGCACUUAAGGUGGCAAGUAAAAUCAAAGCAAAAGAGAGGUUUGCAGUGUAUAUUUUGAUCCCAAUGUGGCCGGAAGGAUUGCCAGAGAGUGAGCCAGUGCAGGACAUAUUGCAUUGGACUCGAGAAACAAUGUCAAUGAUGUACAAAUUGAUUGGAGAAGCAAUAAGAGAGAGUGGUGAAGACAGCCAUCCAAGAGAUUACUUGAACUUCUUCUGCCUCGCUAAUAGGGAGGAGCAGGGCGAAGGGGAAUUUGUUCCACAGAGUUCUCCUCAUCCUGGGACACACUACUGGAAUGCCCAAAAGCAUAGGAGAUUCAUGGUUUAUGUUCAUUCCAAGCUAAUGAUAGUGGACGACAUGUACAUGUUGAUAGGAUCUGCAAAUGUGAACCAAAGGUCCAUGGAUGGGCAGCGAGACACUGAAAUUGCAAUAGGGUGCUACCAACUGAGAGACGGGGAGAAGAAGAUUAGUCGCGGGGAUAUUCAUGCAUACCGCAUGUCGCUGUGGUACGAGCAUACUGGACGAGCUGAAGAAGUGUUUCGAGAGCCUCGCACCUUAGAAUGCAUGCGGAGUAUGGAUUCUAUCGGGCAGCAGAUGUGGAAGAUCUACCAUGGAGAAGAAGUUGUGGACAUGCAAGGUGUCCAUUUAGUUAGCUACCCUCUAAGUGUAACCAACAAUGGUUCUGUUGAGGAUCUGGAGGAUGGCGGCUGUUACUUUCCGGAUACAAAAUCUCCAAUCAAGGGUAACAGAUCAAAAAUCUUGCCACCUAUAAUUACCACUUGAUACAAAAAUGGAAGAUUGUUUAGUUUCUGAUUCAAACACUUGAUUCUGACUAAAUCAUUUACACUCAGGCCAUCUUUUUCUCCUGCAUUCAUAUGACCAGUAUGAUAUGAUAUUGUACAGUGUAAGUGUUCUGUAAUAGUUAACUUGAACAGCAAGAAGGUGCAACUCAGCCGUUUAAUUACUUUGUAGCCAUUAUAACAACAGGGGAAGUGACUGAAAACAUAGAAAACAACAUGGGUG